AGGAAGAGCUCCACCUCUCAACCCUUAGAGCUAUAAAUCAUCCUGACUGCAGACAUAGAACUCUGUAUUGCUGCACAAUCAAGAACCAAGAAAUCAACACAGGUUCAGAAUGUCUAAGAAUUUUAUUUAUGAGAACGCAACCAUAGAUGAGGGACCCCCUGCCCGUAUUCGUCUGACAACUACCAAGAGGAAUCUAGAUGGAGAUCAGGCUGUGUCCAGAAUCAAAAGAUGCAGCCUUGGUGAGGAAGAUCCAAGCAAGCCAAAUAAAACAAUCCUGCUGGUUGGAGAGACAGGAGCAGGAAAAUCUGCCUUUAUUAACACAUUUUUGAACUAUGCAAUGGGUGUAAAAAAAGAAGAUAAAGUGUGGUAUGAGAUUGUUCAUGAAAAUGUGGAAACCUCAAAAUCAGAAUGUGUUACGUUUCAGGUUACAGUUUAUGACAUUUUUGGUUUUGAAGGUCAAACUCUGCCGUUCUCUCUGACCAUCAUUGAUACUCCUGGAUAUGGAGACACCAGAGGGAUUGAAAAUGAUGCAUUAGUUGCUCGAAAACUUUUGGAUUUGUUUCGUUCAGAAGAUGGUGUCAGUUCAGUUGAUGCAGUUGGUCUGGUGUUGAAAGCAAGUGAUAAUCAACCGAGUGACAGAUUGAUAUACAUUUUCAAUUCAGUGCUGGCGUUGUUUGGAAAAGAUCUGGAAUCAAAUAUUGUAGCUCUCAUCACACACUCAGAUGGAAUGCCACCUAAAGUUGCCCUCAAAGCUCUAGAGGAUGCAAACAUUAAGAUGGCCAAAAAUGAGAAGGGCCAGCCAGUUCACUUUGUGUUCAACAAUUGCCUGAGCACUACAAUAACAGAAGAUACAGAGUUUGGACUGGACCAGGCAUGGGCUGUUACAAUCGGAGGAAUGACUAAACUUACAGCCUUCCUGGAAAAUAGUCAAUCUAAAAACCUAGACAACACUAUAUCAGUCCUUAAUGAACAGAUUGGGUUGACAGCCUGUGUUAACAAUCUGGCAGACAGAAUUGAUCUUAACAAAAAGAAGCAAGAAGAGAUAAAACAAACUCUAGAAGGUCUGGAGAAAUACCAGAACGAAUUGAGUAGUGGAGAGAAAUUCACUUUAGAAGUUGAUGAGCCAUACAAGGAAAAAAGAGACAUUUAUGGAGGGAUGAGGUUUUUUAUGUUUGGGGGAGCUGUGACUUGUAAUGUCUGUGAGGAGAACUGUCAUUAUCCUGGAUGCACUGUUGCCUGGUAUCCAAGCCACUGUAAGGUCAUGAAAAAUGGUCGCUGCACUGUUUGCACCAAUAAGUGUCCUGCAAACAAACAUGUGAAAGAGCAAAAGAAAUAUGUGAUCAAGACAAGAAAGGUUUCAAAAACCAUUGAGGAAUUAAAGCAGAUGCACGAAAAAAAUUUAGCCAUGGGUGAAAGCCUUCUGUCUAAACUCCAGGAUGAGACAGAAAAACUUGAAACAGAAAUAAAUUCCCUGUUAGACAAGGCUUACAACCAUCUUCUCAGCCUGGAGAAGAACGCUUUGAGUUUUGGCUCCUUGUUUGCUUUUGUAGACAUUAAUGUUAUUAUUGAGGAGCUAAAGGAAAGGAAAGACACAGAGAAAGUUCAAAAACUGGAAGAGAUCAGUGGACAGUUUGACAAGAGAACCUGGGGAGGUCUGCGUUACGCAUGGGGCAACAUCAAGAGUAAACUAGCAAAAGGGAUAGAAGCAAUAGCAAUAUGAUAUUUAUUGAGCAAAUCAGAAAUGGGAAAUGCAUGAAAUAAAGCGAGAGCUCUUUUACUGCUACAGGCCACUGUUCCCUCUCCCUAAGUCUUCAAUUGCUUUUAAUGAGAUGUAAAAAUAUUUUUCAGGUAAAUGCUGACUCCUCCAGUUCAUAGGUCAGUAUUGGUAGCCCUUCCUAUGAGUCAGUGCUAAAUAAAACAGUAAAUAAAGAAGAAAAUAUUUAAAAGAUGGAUGGAAGACAACUAAUUAACAAUAAACAUAAAUUAAUCAAAAUCAGUGAUAGGUGGUAUUUUACAACAAACUUUAACUGACCAAGAUAGAUCAUGUUCAAAUUCAAAAUGUAGAUGAGAAUAAAUUCUUAGGAGUGAUAAUGAAAAAAAAUCAACUAUUAUGGAAAGUCUGCAUCAGAAACAUAAAAAAAAUAAAAAAUAAUCAAUUAUUAAUAAAGUAAAGCAUAUCCUUGAUUAUAAUGUACUUCAUACGUUAUACUUCUGUUUACUACUGAAUUAUCUAAAUCAUUGUGUGCGGUCGCAACUAUUAAUGUUGCAUCAAUUAUUUACGGUACAAUGCUGGUUUAUUUCAGCAUAGUGAUACUUUAUUUAUUCAAUCCAAAUAAUUAAAAAAUAUACAAUCUUGUAAUAUAUUACACAGUAUAAAUCAUUUUUAAAAUGUUCAACAAGCCAUUACCAUAAAAUAGACAAAACAUUUUAAAAUCAAAAGAGUGUGCUCAUAAGCUAACAGGAAUUGUGAAUUUCCCAUUACCAAAUGUCAGACCAACUGCAAAACUUCUUGCAUGUCUUUAUGUGGAGUUAAACUAUAGAAUGCUCUAAAUCCACACCACAAGCAAGGCCAGAAUAUUCAUAUUUAUUAAGUCAUGGUAUAAAUAAAUAGUUUGGGAUCAAUAUAAGAUGAUUGGAGCAUAAUAGAAAUCACAUUGUUUUUUGAUUGUUGUUAUUUGCUAUUUUUAUAUUCUUUAUUCUUAUCUGUAUGAUUGUCUCCUUCCAUUGUUGUUAUCUGCUUUAAUUUUUCUGUUAUUGUUCCAUGUUUACCAUUAUUGUAUUCUUAUUUUAUAACAUUGAUUACCAAUGCUUGUAUAAUAUUUACAGGAAAUCACUUACAUUUGAGAUUCAAAGAAAAUAUUAAAUAUUUGUUUCUUUAUUAUUUUGUAAUUCCUUUUUAUUACCAUUAAUGUAAAGCAGUUAUGUUCAGAAUCAUCCUCAGUAGGAAAAAAAGGGAUGAGAUAAUGUAAGUUUUCCUUCUUCUGACUCCUUUUCAAGCAUUUUUGUUUGUGUAAUUUUGCUCUUUUAAAUUUUUUUUGUCUGAUUUAUUAACCCAAAUCCAAUGUUGAAUGUUUUCAUGUUUUCUUCUCAUGCAUCUUGAAAAUCCAACCAAACAAAAAUAUUAU